GUCAAACUCAAAAUCUUUCAUUAAAAGUGAUAUUAUAUAAAAUCCAACCAAGGGGCAAUUUUUAGGAUGUAAUUUGGAUUUGGUGGCACGGAUAACAAACAAUAGAAAUGUGGAUGUGGGGUUUUCGAUUGAGAUUGACAGUGUUUAACAACAAGAAGAACGUCAAGAAGGAUUAUCCGGUCGAUAUUCCAAUAUUCCUUACUUUCUGCUACUUUUUCUUUACCUGCUGCGAUUCAGCCAUUGCUGAAUCUCAUGGUGAUCCUCCCAUUUCUCGAAUUGCUUUUGGAUCUUGCUCUAAUCAAACCGCUCCUCAGAUAAUAUGGAAUCCAAUCAAUGAAUUUAAUCCUCAACUAUUCAUUUGGUUAGGAGACAAUAUCUAUGGAGACAAUAAACGCCCGUUUCGAUUGUUCGGUAAACAACGCACUUUUGGACCUUGGAAAAAUGUCGAAAGAUUUUAUCAAUCUUCUCAUCAUGAUAUGCAAUCUAAAUUCAAUCAGGCUAAGACCAAUCGUGACUAUGCUCUUCUUCGUAACCGUUCCAAGGUUAUUGGAACAUGGGAUGAUCAUGAUUAUGGUUUGAAUGAUGCUGGAAAGGAAUUCACUGCCAAAUUCACCAAUCAAAAGCUGCUUCUUGAUUUCUUGGACGAACCUUUGGAUAGUCCCAGGAGAAAGCAAGCUGGUGUUUAUACAUCAUACACGUUUGGCCCUGUUGGCAAGCAAAUUAAGGUCAUUCUCCUUGACACAAGAUACUACAGAGAUCCUUUAUCAAGUGAUGGGACUAUUUUGGGAAGUCGGCAAUGGAAAUGGUUGGAGAAACAACUCUAUGGUCAACCAACAGCCAUUACCAUUAUUGGCUCCUCUAUUCAGGUCAUAUCAAAUCAUUCAGCAGUCACUAGUCCACUUAGUCUAAUCGAGGGUUGGGGACGCUUUCCGAAGGAGAGGAAACGCUUCUUUCAGUUAAUUAAAGAUAGUAAGAGGGAUGGCAUUCUCUUCAUCAGCGGAGAUGUCCAUUUUGCUGAAAUUGCUCGUUAUGAUUGUGCAACAAGAUAUCCUUUGUAUGACAUUACCUCUAGUGGGCUGACACAAUCGAUUGAGGGAGUAGUCCCACCAUCAUUGCGUUUCUUAGUGAGACUAAUUGCACGGCUCAUACCUACUACUGUGAGAGUUAUGGAGCGAAAUUGCAGAUACAAGUCAUGUAUAUAUGGACAAUCCAAUUUCGGUGUCAUUGAGGUAGAAUGGAAAUCUGAUCCUGUGACUUUGAAAGUAGAAAUUAGGGAUAUUAAUGGGUCACCAGUCAUCAGCAAGAAGAUCCUGUUAUCUGAUAUUCAGUCAAAGAGCAUGAAACUGGCUGCCACAGGCCGUAGGGCCUCGCAUCAGAACCACUGCUCUCUUGAAGUUGAUCUCCCUUGGAUUGUUAGAUAUCGCUUGGCCAUUCUUGUCUUUGUUGCCAUUAUAUCUCGAAGAAAAGGAAAGAACGAUUGGUUUACAGACUAGUGAUAAUUAUCUUUCCUCCUGCAAGGUUGACCUGCCUUUAAAAAUUAAUAUCCCCUUGGUCCAGGCCAGAAGUUCUUGAAGCUCUAGCUAAAACAAAGGAGUUAACACUUACUUUUGGUUGUUAGUAUUAAAUAGUGGGUGUGGUUUUUAAUGUAAUUUAGCUUAGAAAACUACUUGACAAGGUAUGUGAUUAUGCUUAUGCUACUCUAAUAAUUCCUUUUCUUCUCAAAGUUCACUUUGAUCCAAUGCCAUUUAAAAAGUGAUAUUAAGUAGUAAUAAAAAAUUAUGAAGAAAAACACAUGUUUCAGUGUGAGAGUUUCGCUACCAUAGAAAUGACAUAAUUCACUUUAUGAAAAUAAACUGAAAGUCAUUCUCAUUAUCAUCAAUUAAUACCAAUAACCAAGUGUCCCGUUACAUGCAACUCUACACUUGGAACUGGAAAUUACCGUGUCUUGAAAUUUGAGCAUUCUCCUCAGAUGUGUUUUAAGAUACAUCUUCUCAUGCCUACAUCCCAUUGCUUGUAUCUUGCACACAUAAACAGAUGUUUCCAUGUAUAUCGUGUAUUAGCCAGAGCAUGAACGUCAUAUUUCUCGGGGAUUGACCACGGCCUUCAUCUGACCAUGUUUUUAUGGUUAAAUAUAGUAUUUCUCAAUUUGUAUAUUCCGAAUAUGUUCCUAGUAAGUAACUACAGAUUUACAUAGACCAUCACUUUAGAUCAGUCUCAUUUUCAGUGAUCUUCAUGAUGCUUACAGUCAGGACUCAUGGCCCAUUUGGUUGGGACCAAGUAAUUAUAAUAAUUAAUUGCGAAUUACAGCCUCAGUGUUUGAUGGUUUUGCGAAUUACAACCUUGAUAUAUUUUUUAUUUUUUAUUUUUUUUUUGCGAAUUACGGUCUCCAAAGUUGCUUUUGACCACUAUUCAGACCAGGUGACCGGAUCCGUACAAAAUGACCGGUUGACCAGCGUUUUUACCUUUGACUUUCCUUUUUUUUUUUGAGUUUUUUUUUCUUUUCUCAUUUAAUUCCUUCUUCGCCAAUUACCUUUCUCUCUUCUUCUUCUUUAUCUUGCAGAAGUUUUCUUUAAGUUGCAUCUUGAACCGCUCAAGGAUUAUGAUUCAAUUUUUUCUUGAACCGCUCAAGGAUUUAUGAUUCAAUUUUUUCUUCACAAGAAGAGUCAAAGUUGGAGACAAACAAUACUGUUUCAUUUUCCAAGGUUUUGACGGUAUCAGAUUUUAACAAAGGAGGAGGGUUUACUGUGCCGGUCAUAUGUGCCGAUAGUGAUCUUCAAAGUCUCCAUUAAUCUUCAAAGUCCCUAUUAAUCAAGCCAAACUAAAUGGCUAACUUCUUUUCUUCCGGUAAUCUUUCAAUUUUUUUCCAUUAAUCUUCAAAAUCUCAUUAUCUUGAUCAGUUUAGAUUUUCUUGAUGAAAAUAAUAGUAUCUCCAUCAAUUAAAUUCUUAGCAUUCACAAAUUUAGUCCAAUUACUAGUAAACAAAUGUCUGAGUGGUUUUCCUUGAUAAUUAUGCCUAAACUCCCUAAGUUUUUCCAUGAAUAUCGGAAGAUUUUGAAAUGGUUUAUCAGCCUCUAUUUAACGUUGGAAAAAUCUUAUCGGCACAUUUGACCGGCACAGUAAACCCUCCUCCAUUGUCAAAAUCUGAUACCGUUAAAACCUUGGAAAAUGAAACAAUAUUGUUUGUCUCCAACUUUGACUCUUCUUCUGUUCUUUGUGAAGAAAAAAUUGGAUCAUAAUCCUUGUCCGGUUGAAGAUGCAACUUAAAGAAAACUUCAUCAGUAUCGGGAUCUGUAAGACUUCAAUAAGACGACAUAAAACACAUCUCGCAGAAGGAGGGAGAGGAACAGAAUAUGAAGCCUGUGGAAUAUGUCCUUGAGGAUAGUAAUAAACUCUAGAAAAGAAGUUACCCAUUUAGUUUGGCUUGAUUAACGAGAAUUUUGAAGAUUAAUAGAGACUUCGAAGAUUAUUAGGGAUGAAGAAGAAGGAGUGAGAUAAGUAAUUGGGGAAGAAGAAAUUAAAUGAGAAAAGAAAAAAAACUCAAAAAAAUUAAAACAAAAAAAAAGAAAGUCAAAGGUAAAAACGUUGGUCAACCGGUCAUUUUAUACGGAUCACCUGGCCUGAAUAGUGGUCAAAAAUUAACUUUAAAGGCUGUAAUUCGCAAAAGAAAAAAAAACCAUCAAAGCUGUAAUCAACAAAACCAUCAAACAUUAAGGUUGUAAUUCGCAAUUAAUUCUAAUUAUAAUGAUAGUUUGUAGAUCAAAUUUUCAUAAAAUACACCAUGACAUUUCUAUGGUAACGAAACUUUGAUACUAAAAAAAUUUUGUUCAUAAUUUUCCAUUAUCACCUAAUACCACAAUUACACUAAUAUUUCAUUAUUAUUCCCACCAUUUAGUACAUUUGCUAUAUUGUUAGUUUAAGGAAGAGUGAGCUUCCGAGUAAAUGGUACAUUGUUUUUUCCUGGUUUCUAUUUGGUUGUCUAUGCUGUGAUGGGGUGAAGCAGGUCAGAUGUUUACCGAGUUUUGUGUCAACAUGUGGAUAUCAUUUUGCUAUGAGAUAUUGAAACUUAAUCUCGGAGGUUAUGUGUACUGUUGGCUGUUGGGGGUGUGUAUUUUCACCUAUCGGCUGCUGACGUUUUUACUAAAUAUUGCAGUGUCGCUCCUUGCAUUGGUUGGAAUGUAUUAUUUAAUAGUUAUCUGCAUGAAAUGUCUUCACAAGCGCAAGUGUGAUUGAGAAAUUUUGACGCAGAUCGGCAGCUAUCAUUUUCGUGUACAGAUACUUGUGUAGGAAAAGCUUUGAAGCGAUGACUAUACGAGUGAUUCUGUGACAAUGUUACAGUAACCAUUGUCUAAAGGAACUUGUUGAGAAACCACCCAUUGUAGCUUGUGUGGUCUUGUUAGUAGCUAAUAUGAGAAAGGAAUUGAUCAAGGAGAAAACUUCAAGUUAUCAUAUUCACAUCUUUCACAGUUCUCUUAAUCCUUGACAUUUAUUUGUCUUAGAAUGUAGCAUAAUGAGGUAAAUAAAUAAAGACAUUUUUUCUUUUAAGUACAAUUGUCCCUGAAUGACUACCAACUGUGUUAUGUUCAUAUGCUGAAUUAGAUGGAUUAAGCUUGGACUACAUCCACAAAUGAAAUGUCAGACGAUGUGACUUAGUUUGCCAAGAACUUUGACCUAGCCAUUUUAAGCAAAGCUUUGUAUUAUACUCUUAUAUUUUGGAGUAUCAAGAAUGAUGUACUUAUUGCCAUGGAGAAGAGUGUUCCUUUGUGAUUAAGCGCAAGGUAUACAUGAGAAGUUAUUGUCAAAGCAUUGGUUUGUUGCUUGGAGUACUAUGGUUACAUCAGGGUUUGGAAUGUUAAAUCAUUCACGUUAAAAAUAGGUUACCUAUGAGAGCUAUUUGGGCAAGCAUGGAUAGUGUCUGAAAGGGCUUUUGGAGUUUAGCAAGGUUGUAUGUUGAAAUCAUCAUAUGAUCGAGUGCCGAGCAAGCAGUCAUAAUUCAAUUUUAUCUAUUUUUGGUAGCCAUUCGUUAUGUAUAUGGGCAUGAAACUAAGCCAAUGUUUGAUUUUGAGCUUCCUUCCUUAGCUGGUGUAGUAUUUGGAUUCUCUCGUUGUCUCUCUCUCUUUUUCCUCUCUUUCAUACUCCUAAUUUGUAAGUCUACCAUUGUAAUCCCUACACUUGUAAGCUUCAAGCUUAUUAAACGAUUAAUACAAUCAGAAUUUACAAUCUA